AGGCCAUGGCAAGAGCAGACAGCACCACACGAGGCCUCACACUUUCGUGCUUAUUUACGUACUGUGCGACGUCGUGCGACGUGCUUUUUCCAUUCGUAUUGAUCCUUGGCGGACACUAGACACCUGAAACGAUUGCACUGUGCUGCUGAGCUGCAGCGCGAUGGAGCGGCAUGCGUCAAAGCGCAGUACUGAUGGUCAAGGGACGAACGUCCAGCCGCCGCCGCCAAAACGCCAGCGACGCGAGAGCAGCCCCGUGAUCUAUUGCCACGACGACUGCGCGCGGCACGUGACAACGGGCGACGGCGACGCGGAGCACCAGGAGUCGCCGGCGCGCCUCGCGGCCAUCGCGGCAGCGCUCCAGACCUACGCCAGGCGCCGCGACUUCGCGCCCGCGAGCCGCGAAGCUCUGCUGCGCGUUCAUUCGGCCCGCUACCUCGACGCGGUCUCGAGCAUCGAGACUCGCGGCCGCCUGUCGCCGAUGCUGCGGACGCGCGUCCUUGGCGAGAGCGGCGUCGACGCGGCCGCUGGCGCGACGCCGGUCGGCCCGGGCACGUGGACCGCGGCGACGCGCGCGGCCGGCGCGGCGCUCGCAGCAGUCCGCGAUGCCACGCCCGGCUCGCGCGCCUUUGUGCUCGUGCGACCGCCGGGGCACCACGCGAUGCGCGAGGGCUACGAUGUAAGUGCGGGCGGCUGCGGGUUUUGCGUGCUCGGCAACGCUGCGGUCGCCGCGGCGGAGGCUUUAACGUCGGAGAAGACGCGCGUCGCUAUCGUGGACUUUGACGUUCAUCAUGGCAAUGGGACGGAGGACUUUGCGAUGCGGGCGGGCUCGGAACGGCUCCUGUAUGCGUCGGCGCACCUGCGCGAGGUCUACGAGGACAGCUCAUUGGAUUUCUUCCCGGGGACGGGGGCGGCGGGAUACAUGGGCCCGGGACGAAAUCCAUCCGUUUGCAACGUAUCGGUGACUCCUGCGUGGAUCGAGCCUGGUGCUCGCGAGCGCUUCGUAUCCGCAGUCGACAAGAUCUCCCGGAAGCUCGCGGCGUUCCGGCCGAGCCUCCUCGUCAUCUCCGCCGGCUUCGACGCCCUCGAAGGCGACGCGGGGCAGCUCAACCCGUGGACGCCCGACGAUCCAGAUCUGCCUCCGCACGUGUCGCCCGAGGUCCUCGACGGCGUCGGUCUGCGGCCCGAAGACUACGGGACCAUGACGCGCGCGCUCCUGGGCGCGAUUCACGAGGACGCGUCCGUGGUGUCGAUUCUCGAGGGCGGCUACGGCGUGCCCGACGGCGCCGGGGGCUUCGAGAGGAGUGGGCUCGUGGCCGCGGCGGUGGCGCACGUGGAGGCGCUCGACUCGCGUUCUCAUUCGUCGUCGUAGGUUGUCUGUUGUAAUGUAAUCACAGUA